AUAAGCUAACAUUUAUUUGUCACUGGAGAUACUCGGCAAGCAUCAAUUUAUAUACUUAUACAUCAUUCAAUGUUUUUCUCAAACACUAAAUUUUUACAUCAGUUAUCUACCGAAUUCAUACUACAAUAUGUAUAAAUUACAACGUUUUUUAUUAAUAGAUAAUAAAUCUACUUCGAAAUAUUUGAGGUAUAAUUUUUCUAGUGCUAGUACUAAUUCUGUUAAAGAAAUAAACAAGCUUUUAAUCGCAAAUAGGGGUGAGAUAGCAUGCCGUAUUUUGAAAACGGCAAAAAAGCUUGGCAUUAAAACGGUCGCAGUUUACAGCGAUGCAGAUAAAAAAUCGAUGCACGUUGAACUUGCCGAUGAAGCGUAUCGAGUGGGACCUGCUCCUUCGAGUCAAAGUUACUUGAAACAGGAUAAAAUAAUAGAGAUUGCAAAAAAAUCCGGAUGUCACGCCAUUCAUCCCGGCUAUGGAUUCUUAUCGGAAAAUGCGAAUUUCGCUGAAUUUUGCAAUGAGCAAAAAAUUAUUUUUAUCGGCCCACCGGUACAAGCGAUCAGAGACAUGGGAAUAAAAAAUAAGGCAAAAUCAAUAAUGGUCGCAGCGGGAGUUCCAGUAAUCGAAGGUUACCACGGUCAUGAUCAGUCGGAUAGUAAUUUAUUAAAGGAGGCUCAAAAAAUCGGUUUUCCUCUAAUGAUCAAAGCUGUUUGUGGUGGUGGUGGUAAGGGAAUGAGAAUUUCACAAACAGAAGAGGAUUUUUUUCAAUCGCUUGAAUCAGCCAGAACUGAAUCUCAGAAAGCCUUUGGUGAUUCGUUGGUACUCUUAGAAAAAUACAUAGCAGAACCCAGACAUGUUGAAGUUCAAGUUUUUGGUGAUACUUAUGGAAAUGUUGUUCAUUUAUUUGAGAGAGAUUGUUCUGUUCAAAGAAGGCAUCAAAAAAUUAUUGAAGAAGCUCCAGCGCCUGGAAUAUCUGAAGAAAAUCGAAAAAUUCUCGGUGCCGCUGCCGUCAAGGCAGCAAAAGCCGUAAAUUAUGUCGGAGCUGGUACAGUGGAAUUUAUCAUGGAUAGACACUCAAAAGACUUUUAUUUUAUGGAAAUGAAUACGCGUCUGCAAGUAGAGCAUCCAAUUACCGAAGCAAUAACCAGUACAGAUCUAGUUGAAUGGCAGAUAAGAGUGGCCGCUGGUGAAACGUUACCCGUAAAACAAGAAGAUAUCAAUUUACGAGGUCACGCUUUUGAAGCUCGCAUCUACGCCGAAAAUCCUCAAGAAGGAUUUUUACCGUGUCCUGGAAAAAUUAAACACUUAGCCCCACCGUUAUGCGAUGAAAAUACGAGAGUGGAAACUGGCGUCAGGCAGUUCGACGAAGUAUCCGUACAUUAUGACCCAUUAAUUGCUAAAUUAGUUGUUUGGGGCAAAAACAGAGCUGAAGCUUUGAAUAUGAUGAAAAUCAAACUUUCGGAAUUUAAUGUUGUAGGCUUAGAGACGAACACCGAAUUCAUUCGACGCAUUUGUUCUCAUUCUAAAUUCAGCAACGGCGAAGUUCACACUGGAUUUAUCGAGGAAAAUCACGAAUCUCUAUUUGUGGAAAAUCCAAUUCCUGAAUCCGUCGUGGUUGAAGCGGCUCUUAGUUUAAUAUUGAGCGACGAAACAGAAGGAUUCGAUUCUUCGAACGACCGUCUUAAUCCAUUCCGUACUGAAACAGCAUUCAGGCUAAACCAUACCUUGAAUCGUAGAAUAUGCUUGGAAAUGAAAGGAAAAAAAUUUAUCGUAGACGUAAAAUAUACUGAACCGGAAGGGUAUUCCAUCAGAUUGAACGAAUCAGGAUCAUGGAGAUCUGUGACUGGUGAUUUGAAAAAAAUGGAUAACAUAUUAGAAUUGAGAUCAUUUAUUGACGGAAAAUUCAAAAAAUCGAGAAUAGUCAAAAUGAAAAAUGAUGUAUUUCUAUUUAUGGAUGACAGCCAAUGGCACUUCAAUCUUCUUCAACCUGAAUUUCUAAAUGAAUCAAAUAGUCAGACGGCUUCGUCGCGGGGUGCCGCUGUGAGUCCGAUGCCGGGUAUCGUUGAAAAAUUGUUUAUAAAGAAAGGCAAUAAAUUUCAAAUUGGCGAUCCACUGGUAUCAAUAGUUGCCAUGAAAAUGGAGCACAUCAUCAAGGCUGAUACUUCAGGGACGAUUCAAGAAAUAUGCUGUGAAACUGGUGAAAAAGUUGAUAAAAAUAAAGUUCUAGUCAAAUUCGAAGAUGAAGUUUGAGGAUGAAUGUA